AAUGAAUCCUGAUGAAAAAGAGACAGAGCAGACCCCUAAGAAUGAUUUACCGCCAAAUAAUUCACAACAAUUAGGAUCUUUUGGAAAGGAGCAAAUAAAUCCAGAAUUUAAUGAUCGAAGAACAAAAGGCAGUGAAGAAGAACUUGUCAUUAAUAGACCUGUUACUGUAGGUGACGUUCUUUCUGGCAAGAUUACUCUUCCGAAGCCUGCUCCAAAAAUUUUUAAUGAUUCUACAGAUAACAAAAAAAGUGAUAAAAGACCGCCUCUGCCGACGAAAGAUUCUCAGCUGGAGUUUCUAGUUCUUCCUGACACUG